AUGGUGAACACCAGGAUAUCGGUUUCUUCUUCUUCUUCUUCCUCUCAUGUUAGAAAUAGGGGUCAGCCCCGGCGACCUUCGCGCUACAUCUCCAUCUACGUCGUGCUUCUUCUUGCCUCCGCGGCCGUCCUCUUCCUCUUCUCCCAGAGAAGAAUUGCGGAGGUGGACCGGAAAGAUCAGUCUAAAAAUUGGUUCCAGGUAAUAUCCCUCUAUCCGCGCAUCUGCCGGUGCCCUUGCCACGACGAUGUCGAGUCAGAAUUUGUCAGUACUUUGGUUUUUCCUUUUCCUGCACUUUCUUAAUUUUUCGCCAUUGUUGUUCGGAGCCAGCGGACGCUACCAUUCCACAAUCCCGAGGGAGAGUUUAGAUAGCUUGCAGUUUCCAAUUAGGAUGUGGCAUUUGUUCUCUCUAUGUCGAUUAUUGUUUCUCUGUUCAUAGAUCGGAUUCUGAAGACUUAUCUCAAAAUUUUCGAAAAUGUAAUGAUAAUUUCAGUCUCAGGUCAUCUUACUUCUCUCCAAGAUAUGGCUCCAGAUCCUCUACAGGACGGGAGGUUUUGUUUUUGUUACUAAUGAUAUCUAACGCUUUAGAGUAAAUACCAACUGGAAGGGCGUGCCAAUAACUAGAUAAGCGCGCUAAAACGUUCGAUGAAAGGUGAAAAUUGACAAUGCCAAUACUUGGCACAUGAGAAUGUAAUACAGAAUAACUGUUUCAUUUGUUGAAAUGUGUCACUUGGAAAAUUAAUAAUUUUAAAAUCUAUAAGUGAUUCGCACCACUUUAUUAUACAAAGAUUCUCUGAAUGUAGAUAAAAAGGCGGAUCAAAUUACUGUAUGAACUUCCCAAUCAACUAUCUCAUUGAUGCAUGACAUCAUACAAGUCAUGAUCUUUUGCCGCUUAUUAUCUUAAACAUUCUCAUAAUCGAUGUUUUUGCUAGAGUAAUGUCGAAUCUGUUGAAAGAGAUCCAUACUCAAUGACAGACUUGGCCAUGACCCUUACUGGACUGUGUCUCAACCUUAUGUAAAGACAAGCUUUCGUCUUUUCAGUCCUUAUUCUAUAAUUUUUUUUGUGGUUUAUCCGUUAUUCGGCCAUUUUUAAAGAAUAUGCUGGACUAGUGGAAAUUGUUCCUUUAGAUGGAACGUCAGUUCUGGUGGCAGUCUUCGAGUUACUUUCCCUUAAUAUUUUGAACAUCUAACCGAUAUUGUUGAGCUCUCUCUUGAUUCCUCUUUGAUGCCUUUGUAAUGUUCUCUUAUAUUUCUCUUUGGUUCCAAGGAGAUGAAAUCCUCUGACUGUGUUCUGCACGUAAUGACUUUUUAAUCAUUAUGAAAAAAAUUGAUUUGGAAAUGGAUUUGCUAAGAAUAUUUUUUUGGUUUGCUGAUAUUCAAUGCAGGCUACAGAAGAAAAUUUAUGGGAUUCUUCUUUUGGUUUUGGUUAUCGCACUUGUGUCCACCGUACUAGCAAGUACAAAGGUUUGCCUUCUUCCCUGUAAUCCCGUCCUGUAGAUGAUGCAUAUUCCUAUGAUAAGUAUUGCGCAAUUUUUUGUCAGCUUUGUUUAUCUGGAGAACUGAGUUAAACGAAUCACACUUUAUCGUGCUUUAAUGCCUGAUCUUUUUUUCUUCCCUUUUUCGAGGGUGACAAGAAAUGGGUGUUCCAAUUGACGCUAAUAUCGUUUUGGGUGUUAUAUAUUCAUUGAAAUUGAAAAAAUCCCUACUUUUCUUGAUUCUUAUUUUUUAUUUUAUUUUUAUUAGCCCCCCAAGUCUGGGAUCGGUAUUUAACUGUAAGAAGCAAUGGAGGACUCAAUCAAAUGCGUACGGGUGUAAGUUCUUCUUUGGUUUUUAAGUUAUUCAAGUUUUCAUCUUUCUGAGUGGUUUUCUAGUCUGAAGAAUUUUGGUGGAUAUAUUUGGAUUAUAAUAUAGAUAUCUUUAUAUUUCCUCUCCUUCCCACCCUCACUCUCUCUCUAUCUCUCUCUCUCUCUCUCUCUCUCUCUCUCCCCUUCCCAUACUGGUGCAUUCACCAGAGGUUGUAAUGUUAUCUUUGGAGAACAUAGCUUUUAUUUCUUCCAUGCAUCCGAAGUUUUUUACUUCUUGGGUCUUAUUCAAGACUUUCCACCUCAAUAGGCAAAGAUGUUACUUGCACAAAUCUUGUGUAACUUGCACAACUCUUGCUGGCACUUUGUUUGUAAUGACCUUCAAGUGAGAUUGAACUGUGUCUCAUAAAACUAACAUAAUUCAGUUUUUUUAAUCUUCCCUUCUGUCAAAAUAUGAUCGUCUCUGUAGAGGAUCCGGUCUUUUGAUUGCAGUUUUGUGAAAAAAAACAUUUUCUUUUGGUGGAAAAAUCAUUUUGAUUGUAGUUUUGUGAACUGUUUGUAGAAAUUAACUGAAGAGUUCUUAUGAGGAUGUGCACUGAUAGUGUUCUGCUUACAGAUAUGUGACAUGGUUGCUGUGGCACGUAUAUUGAAUGCAACACUGGUGAUUCCUGAAUUGGAUAAGAAAUCAUUUUGGCGAGAUUCCAGGUUGGAUGUUUAUUUUUUCAUUUGCUCUUGUGAGCUUCCUCACCUUUUACAGCCUAUACUUUUACUUAUAAUUAUAGAUAGCAAUGAAUGCAAGGCAGCUUUCGCUAACAGUGUCUUUCAUCUUUGUACACUUAUUACAGCACAUUUGCUGACAUUUUUGAUGAGCUUCAUUUCAUCAAAUCCUUGGAGGGAGAUGUUCGAAUAUUAAAGGAGCUUCCCAAGGAGUCAGCAUUUCUUCCAAGGGCUCGCAAACACUUCUCUUCCUGGGCUAGUUUGAGUUAUUAUGAGGAGAUAGCGCAGAUCUGGAAAGACUACCGGGUAUUGGUCUACUUCUUGUUAUUUGGUGUGAGUUCUUUUGGGAAAAAGUUAUGCCAAUCUAGUUCUGAAGACUACCAUUUACCACCGUUAAUGUGUUUUCUGUCAGUGAAAAGAUUUUGCCUUGCAAAACGUCUACAUUCCUGUUUGGUAUCAUUAAGUUCGUUUGCUGUCUAUUUCCAAUGAGAUUCUAUAGCGGUUAUCAAUCAGCAGUUUCUACAUUAAUUUUAUUCCUGCUUCAUUCUUGUGGAAUACAAGAGUGCUUUACAUACACACAUGCUCCCAAUUAAAUGCCAAUACUUUUGCCUUUCUUUAUCCUGGGCCUUUUAAAAUAGUUUUAAGAAGGCAAUGGAUUGAAAGUGUAGAGAAGGCGGCAUAUGCCAAAGUACACCAUUCUUUCUUUGGACUAAUUGGUGUCAUAAUAUCUGCUUGCAUGGUUUUUUAUGAUUUUUUCAUAUGGUUAUCAUGUAAGGAAAAAUAUUUACAAAUGUUUGUGUUGUAGUCAAACAGUGGCACUUGGGAACUUGGCAGCAUCCGGGUUCAUUUUCAAGAGAGCUUUGGCUUCAUUUUAUCUUCAGUGAUCUGGAUGGUUACAACAAGGGAUUAUUGAGUGAUAGUUUUUUGUGAUGAAUUUCCUGUGAGAACUUCCCUUUUUGUGAUUGCUGAUAGUUUUUUCCGUUGGGUGGUGUAAGAACAGGUGAUAUUGCGGGUAAAUUCCAGUGGUACUCGCAAAAUGGCCAGAAACCCAUGCGGGGAGUGAGCGUUGGAUCUGUCUUCCUGAAGUUGUCACUUUGGGCCAACUGCCUUUAUGGCUGGUAGGUGCUUCAUCAGGGGUCCCCCUGUUUGGAAUGAUUUUGAACGGAUAUAUAGGGGCGUCAUCCGACUAUUUCUUUAACCCUUCUUUUAUAGAGUGUGACUUUUCGCAUCUUGUUGCGAUGAUAUCUUGGAUUCAUCAGAUUUCUGGCAGAAAUUGAUUCCAAUUUUAUGAGUCCUUUGCAUUUUCUAAGGAGGUCCGAGUUUGGAGAGGGAACAUGGGAGAUGUUUCCCUGUUGAAGAAUGCAGAGACAAAAUGGGUAAGAACCAUUUUUCUGUGGUGAAUGGGAAAACUUGCGUUGACGUAUUGUGUACUAACGAAGGGGAAACGUUUCACACUGCAAAUAGAACAGACAGGUUUCUGCAAAUCAGCUUGAAUGUGAGAAGGCACUCAUCUUAAUUCUGUGUAUCAAUUUGAAUCUGGUUUCAAUAUUUUCCUUGACAGUCAUUUGACAUGGUCGAUGAUGCAACAUAAUUCAAGUAAAGCAUUGAUACAAGUCUUAUAGCUUCCCUUGGAUGGGGUGACUAAUGCUUUGACAGUAACCUACAAAAAAUGCCGCAAAACAGUCGAUGGGGCUUUGCAGGUUUUUGUUAAUUGAGUGAUGUUAGAAUCAUCUUGGAGAUGGGUUAUAAAUAAUGGUGUUGAAAAAAAGUUGAAGUGGCAUUUUACUUUAAAUGAGCCAAUCUAUGUUCAUUAGUCUAAUACCUCAGUAUGUCUCAAAGAAAAUCUAUCCAUCAUCCCAUCAGUUUUCUGUUUUCUGUGAUGAUUUUUACUUGAUAUUUAUGAAGUAAAGUUUAUGUAUGUGCUUCAUUAGUAGGCUGAAAUAUAACAUGCAAUAUUAGUUAUUUGCAUAUAUUUAUAAUUUUUUGUUCGAGGGUGAACGUUAAUGUUUUAACGCAGGUGAUUCACGCUCCCAAGUCUGAUUCAAGACUGGCAAACAAUGACCUUCCACUUGAUAUACAGAGGCUACGUUGCCGUUGCCUAUACAAUGCUCUUCGUUUCUCUCCUCCUAUCGAGAUAUUAGGGAAGGUCUGAUUUGUUUUCUUCUUAUUUUGAAUGUUGUCUGACUGCAUUACUCCUGGGACUUGCUGAUCUUCUGGCUUUGUGCAUUUAAGAGUUCUCCUUUGGGGUACCUUGUAAACUAGGUUCUGAGUCUGCAAUGAUAAUGACACCACAGACAUUGGUGGAACGGUUGAAGUCACGUGGGAGGUACAUCGCCCUUCAUUUAAGAUUUGAAAAGGAUAUGCUAUCUUUUACUGGCUGUACAUAUGGUCUUACUGAGUUAGAAGCUGAAGAGCUGAGAAAAAUUAGGUGGGAACUUUUCUCUAGAGCCAUAGUUCUUUGCACUUUGUGGUUCGGUGUUACUUAGUUAUUCUUAUGUCCGCAGGGAGAGCACAAGCCACUGGAAAACGAAGAACAUAAACUCAACAGAACAAAGAAUUGGAGGUUUCUGCCCUCUAACUCCAAAAGAAGUGGGUAUUUUCCUUCAAGCUCUGGGCUAUGGACCAUCCACCUGGAUCUACAUUGCAGCUGGUGAAAUAUUUGGCAGUGGUGCUCACCUUUCGAGUUUAAGAUCACGCUUUCCUAAUCUGGUUUUUAAGGUUAGUUGAAAUCUCUUCCAAGUUCCUUGAAAUGAGUGUUAGAGACUUUGUUUUUAAUGUACCAGUAUUAACAAACUUAGUUGGUGACAGGAUACAUUAGCGACUCCAGAAGAGCUGAAGAUAUUUUCAAAUCAUGCCUCACAGGCUGCGGCUCUGGAUUACAUCAUAUCCGUUGAAAGUGAUGUUUUUGUUCCUUCAUACACUGGAAACAUGGCAAGAGCUGUUGAAGGUCAUCGUAGAUUUCUUGGGCAUCGCAGGACUAUUGUCCCUGAUAGGUACUCCUUUUCUUGACUUAUAUAUACGUAUGAUUGUUCUUUUAACCACAAAAAUGCUCCACGGCUUCUCUUAUGGUGUCCACAAAAUUUGGCCGUAGGUUUUUUUCCACGAUCUGAGUAUCCGUGAUUGUCAAAAUCUUGGCAACUAGUAACAGUGUUGGAAAAGAAAUCAGUUUUCCAUAUGAAUGUCCUUUAUAUUAUUAAAGUGAGUAGUAUCACAAUCGAUGAAUGAUACUGGGAAGUACUAGGAGAACCAGCUUCAAAGGUCUCAUCAUGGCAUUCAUACUGUUUAUACUUUCAUUGAUUGGCCAUAGAUCAUCAGCUAGAGCAGAUGGCGAAAUCUUGCUUUCACCAGAGGCCUGUUGUGAGGAUCAUGUCAGCUUUCCAUGCUUCCCUCUGUGUAAAUCUUUAGUAUCUCUCUCUUUCCCUAUCAUCCACCUAUGGGCCUAGACAAAAACAUGCAAAUUUAGACCUUUCACAUCCGUUUGGUUGGAGAUAACGUCUGCCUCCCUUUGCUGAUCUUUCCUUGGAAUGAUUUUUCUUGCCAAUGUGAGUUAUCUAUUAUGAACUAUCAAGUUUUCUAUCCUCUCUGCGUAUUUGGAAUGCAUUACCUUUUUAUUUUUAUUUUUCAAUCAAUACGACCGGAUCAUUUAGACGAAAAAAUGGACUAAUUUGAUGUAUUAUGGUCAAAAAUCCUACGAAUACAUUUCGUGUUAUUAUAAUUACCAAGAAUUAUUCCAUUUCAGGAAAGGAUUGGUAGAACUUUUUGAUAAAUUCGAAAGGGGAGAGCUGAACGAAGGACCCAUGUCGGCCCAGCUCGUGCGCCGCAUGCACAAGUCCAGGUGUGUAUGACUCGUGAGAUGUGCGCAGAGCUUAGCUACUCUUCACACCAAUGUUUUCUUUCCUCUGCCGUGAUUAUCUGAAGAAAGGUGCUUGUUGCUAUUGGCAGACAAGGGGCUCCGAGGAAAAGAUACGGCCCCCUGCCGGGAAUGAAAGGUCGGGGUCGCUUUAGAACUGAAGAAUCCUUCUAUGAAAACCCUCUACCAGAGUGCAUAUGCAGAAGACGAAGACUUUCCUAA